CGCGAACGUCCCGGGGAGCCGAGCAGGAGCGAGCGCCGGGGCCGGGCGCGCAGGACUGAAAAGGAGGCGGCGGCCGCGGCUGUGAGCAACAGAUCCGGGCUCCGCGAGCAGACCCGCUCUGCUGUUGGGCGAUUUUUUUGUUUGUUUGUUUAAUUUCAAAGACAUUUAUUAAAUUAGAAAAUCUUGCAUUUUUAAAUGGCGCUGGCCCUGGGUCAGCGGGUGGUUUUCUCUGCUUCAAGAUGGGCUUUGCCGUUUCUGUCGUCGGCACCAGUGGUGGCCUGAUUGUCAGUCUUCUCCGGGCAUUUUUAAGGCCAGGAGCUGAGCGCUGCAUGUAGGCGCCCUACAGAGCGGUUUGGCUUUUAAAAUUAUUUUUCUUAUUUUGGGCAGAGAACAGUCGAUUCUCGGGCAUUUCGUCCUCUUUGGAGAAGAGGCUGCGAGUCGGCGGCGGGUCGCUCGGAGGCUGAAAUUCCUCCCGGGGUGAGUGAUCCUCGGCCCCGCGCACAGUCCAGGCAGCCCCGAGUGUGUGUCCUGUCCCUGACGACGCCGGGAAAAUGGAGGCUGUGAUUGAGAAGGAAUGCAGCGCGCUCGGAGGCCUCUUCCAGACCAUCAUCAGCGACAUGAAGGGGAGCUAUCCAGUUUGGGAAGAUUUCAUAAACAAAGCCGGAAAGCUACAGUCCCAGCUUCGGACAACAGUAGUAGCAGCAGCUGCCUUCUUGGAUGCCUUUCAGAAAGUGGCUGACAUGGCCACCAACACACGUGGUGGUACCAGGGAGAUCGGCUCGGCCUUAACCAGGAUGUGCAUGAGGCAUCGGAGCAUAGAAGCCAAGCUGAGGCAGUUUUCCAGUGCUUUAAUCGAUUGUCUGAUAAACCCACUUCAAGAGCAGAUGGAAGAAUGGAAGAAAGUGGCCAACCAGCUGGAUAAAGACCACGCAAAAGAAUAUAAAAAAGCUCGCCAAGAGAUAAAAAAGAAGUCCUCAGAUACACUGAAACUGCAGAAGAAAGCAAAAAAAGUGGACGCUCUCGGGCGAGGUGACAUCCAGCCCCAGUUGGACAGUGCGCUCCAAGACGUCAACGAUAAGUAUCUCCUGUUGGAAGAAACAGAAAAGCAGGCAGUCCGGAAGGCUUUGAUCGAAGAACGUGGCCGGUUCUGCACCUUCAUCUCUAUGCUGCGGCCCGUGAUUGAAGAAGAAAUCUCAAUGCUAGGGGAAAUAACUCACCUGCAGACCAUAUCAGAAGAUCUGAAAAGCCUGACCAUGGACCCUCACAAACUGCCCUCCUCAAGUGAACAGGUGAUUUUGGACUUGAAAGGUUCUGAUUACAGUUGGUCGUACCAGACUCCACCCUCUUCCCCCAGCACCACCAUGUCCCGCAAAUCAAGUGUCUGCAGCAGCCUGAACAGUGUCAACAGCAGCGACUCGCGGUCCAGCGGCUCCCACGGCUCCCACUCGCACUCGCCCAGCUCCCACUACCGCUACCGCGGCUCCAGCCUGGCCCAGCAGGCGCCCGUGAGGCUGUCCAGCGUGUCCUCCCAUGACUCAGGGUUCAUCUCCCAGGACGCCUUCCAGUCAAAGUCGCCAUCCCCCAUGCCGCCGGAGGCCCCCAACCAGAACUCGUCCAGCUCGGCCUCCUCUGAAGCCUCGGAAACCUGCCAGUCAGUGAGCGAGUGCAGCUCGCCCACCUCGGUCAGCUCAGGCUCCACCAUGGGCGCCUGGGCGUCCACGGAGAAGUUGUCUAACGGGUUUUCUCACUAUAGUUUAUCAAGUGAGUCCCAUGUGGGGCCCGUAGGGGCGAGCCUUUUCCCUCAUUGCCUGCCCGCCUCCCGCCUGCUCCCUCGGGUCACCUCUGCCCACCUUCCAGACUACGCUCAUUAUUACACCAUUGGGCCCGGCAUGUUCCCGUCAUCUCAGAUCCCUAGCUGGAAGGACUGGGCCAAGCCAGGACCUUACGAUCAGCCACUGGUGAACACCCUUCAGCGCCGCAAAGACAAGCGAGAGCCAGACCCCAGCGGUGGAGGCCCCGUCGCAGUGGGAGGCGCGCCCACCGCCGCUGAGGAGGCUCAGAGGCCGCGGAGCAUGACCGUAUCGGCCGCCACCAGGCCUGGAGAGGAGAUGGAGGCUUGUGAGGAACUGGCCCUGGCCCUGUCUCGGGGCCUCCAGCUUGAUACCCAGAGGAGCAGCCGGGACUCGCUUCAGUGCUCCAGCGGCUACAGCACCCAGACCACCACUCCCUGCUGUUCCGAGGACACCAUCCCCUCCCAAGUUUCAGAUUACGAUUAUUUCUCUGUAAGCGGUGACCAGGAGGCAGAUCAGCAGGAGUUUGACAAAUCCUCCACCAUUCCGAGAAACAGUGACAUCAGCCAGUCCUACCGACGGAUGUUCCAAGCGAAGCGCCCAGCCUCAACUGCUGGCCUCCCCACCACCCUCGGACCUGCUAUGGUCACCCCAGGGGUUGCAACCAUCCGACGGACCCCUUCCACCAAGCCUUCUGUCCGCCGGGGGACCAUAGGAGCUGGUCCCAUCCCCAUCAAAACGCCCGUGAUCCCUGUCAAGACCCCCACCGUCCCAGACCUCCCUGGGGUGUUGCCAGCCCCUCCAGAUGGGCCCGAGGAGCGGGGUGAGCACAGCCCCGAGUCGCCGUCCGUGGGUGAGGGCCCCCAGGGUGGCACCAGCAUGCCCUCCUCAAUGUGGAGCGGCCAAGCCUCCGUCAACCCUCCUCUUCCAGGCCCGAAGCCGAGCAUCCCCGAGGAGCACAGACAAGCAAUUCCAGAAAGCGAGGCCGAAGACCAGGAACGGGAUCCCCCAAGUGCCAGUGCCUCCCCAGGCCAGAUUCCAGAGAGUGACCCUGCAGACCUGAGCCCAAGGGAUGCCCCGCAAGGAGAAGACAUGCUGAACGCCAUCCGCAGGGGCGUGAAACUGAAGAAGACCACGACAAACGACCGCUCAGCCCCGCGCUUCACUUAGGCUCUCUUAGGCUCACAAGAAAUGCUGCCAGUGGGGAACGAACUGUCUAAUUAAUAAGACCUAGUUUGUCUUGAUCCAUUCCAAUCUGUAAUCAAACAAAAGAUUUUGUAGGCAACUCAGAACACAGCUCUUUUGAAAGUACUCGACACCUUUAGAUAAGAAUUAAAAGCAACAUAUGUAACUGACAUAACCUUGAUCUUUUAAUUUGUAAAUAUUUUUUCUUUCUGCACAUUUUAAUCUUAAGUUUCCCUUUUGAUUUUUCUGAAGGUGCCAAAUUCCAUUUUUUACAAGUCUUUGUAAAAUUUUAAAUGCAUAAUAAGGGGGGGAGGUCGGGCAGGGGAACCACGAAGUAGUAAUUUCAGAAAAAAGGAUAACUAUACUUAGCUUUUUUUUUUUUCUUUUCUUUUCUUUCCUGCAAGCUUUUGUAGAUGCAUUGUAGUAGUCUGGCUUAGACACAAAUUCAAGUUAUUGUAAUGUACAAACAAAAUGGGUAAGGGGUAAAAAUCCUUAUUCAAGUAUACUACACUCGGGAUGAGAAAAGCGGGAGUCAGUUGAUGCGCAAUAUUAGGAGUGAGGGAACUCUGGAAAUGGUAGGCUGUGUUGGGACC